AUGCGGAAGAUUUUCCUUACCAGUGAGAGGUUCGCUUCUCACUGGGGUACCUCUCGGUCCGGGGCUGGUAGCAAUGGCAUCAGCAGACCACGACAAGUCCUGAAGCAAAGUCCGGUCAGUCACUCGAAGAAAAUAUCAUGUGUCGCAUAUUCCUCAACAGGGAGACCAUGGAAGAUUCAUCUUCCCAAAGCCGAGCGCAACAUCUGCAAGCUCGAUUCCCGCCAAUUGAGUACAACAAGCCAGCGCCGAAACAGCGAUCUGGCCGUACCGCGUCCUGCGUCAAUGGAGGAAGAACAACGAAUUUCUCUACCCGACUGGAGUUCUCCAGCACAGGAGGCAGAAUACCGAGAGAAUUUUUUCCGGAUCAUUGAAAAUGCACAACCGAACCAAGUAAUGAAUGCUAUGGUUGACCCACGGUCGGUAGGGCUGGUUGGAUCAUUACACCAAACUACAUUCAUCGAAACUCUUCACCUCCUUUCUCCGUCUCAUUUUGUGGAACCCUACCGUGACCUCCAUCAUGUGUUGCACGGGUGGGGUGUUUUAAUGCAAGGGCUACAACCGGUGGAGGCGGUGUUCGAUAAUUUUACGAAAGACCUACUCACAAUCAUGCAAUAUAGAGUUGCGGCUGGGUAUCCACCCCAACUAGCCGAAUAUACCCACCUCCUGGACUGUGCACGGGUGAUGGGAAAUGGUCUGCUGGCAGAUGAGUUGUGGGAUGCAAUGCAAGCGAAUGAUGUUAUCCCAGAUACGGUGUGCUACAAUCAUUACAUGGAAGCAAAGGUGUGGGACAACUGCUAUGUGGGAAAAGAAUCAUACAAUCUUCGAAUUCUCCCUUAUAGCUACAAGAAACGGCGCAUGACGAAUCCAAGUCCUGGCUGGCGGGGCUAUGGCACAGCAGCAAACAGCGUCAAACGAAUCGUGCUGGAUGUAUUUAGUGAAAUGAGCCAGAGUGGACUGAGUGGUGAUGAGCAGACAUAUAUCAACGUUCUACUCUCAGCGGCCCGUGUGGGCGACAGAAAAGCGACAAAAAACAUCCUCAUUACUGUGUGGAACGUUGACGUGGAUGCGAUAUUGGCCGAGAACGAUAACUCCCUAUUGCCUCCCGUUACGCCAUACGAUACCUGGUCCGGGUUGUACCCAACGGAGCGCCUUCUAUUUGCUGUGGCCCACGCCUUUGGUACAAACAACGACAUUCAUACCGCUAUUCGGGCGGUGGACUUUAUCUCUUCUUCGUACAAUAUCCCAAUUCCGGAUAAGGUCUGGUGUGAGCUGCUCGAAAGAACAUAUACACUUUCCAAAGAACAUAAGCGGAGGCAGGCAAAUGAUGGAAGAACAGGCAAAGUUUCCAGAGACAUGGUGCAUGGCAUGUUUCAGACGAUGACAUCCGAACCCUACAACGUUGCCCCAACUCUCCAAAUGUACCGUUUCACGACUCAAAGCCACAUUAUGGAUGGUGAUCUCGAGGCCUGCAAGAGAGAUAUGCGUAAGGCAUAUAGCAUCCUCAGUGAGACCAGGGCAAAAAGAAAGGAGGCAAGAGAUACGGUAAUGCGGUGCCUUCAGCCGGUCCUGGAAAGCAUGAGAGUACCUUUCGAUGGCAAGAAAUCACCACGCAACGCAGCCAAAUACCAACGAGAGAAUUGUCUCAAGCCAGACAUGUCACUAUUCCAGUGUCCUCUGCUCACCGAGGCCAUUCAUACAUACGAUCUUCUCCGGCUUGAAGUCUUCCAGCAGAUAUAUCUCAUGCAGCGCAUUGCCUAUGCGGUAAUCAUCAGGAGAGACUGGACACACACACCAACGAAUGUCUGGCAGCAACAAGAAAGACCAAAGCUACAGGAAGAGUGGAAAGACUUCCUGCCAGAGAAGAAUGUUUAUGAAAGCACAAGCUCUUACAAAGAGGACGAAAGCGGCACAGUCGAGUUUCAUGGGAUGACCAACUCUCACAGCAGAUACAUGAGCCAACACGGCCUCAUCCAUGCACGGCGACUACCAGACCAGCCAGAGCUGUUCCAACCCAUCGAAGAGAAAACUCUUGACGACAAGGUCUUUUGGGAACUUCUGCUUCGUGAUUAUCCCAAACUUGACCCGUCCAUCUCUCCGCUCAGCCGGAUCUACUCGUUCCAGGUUGAGCAUACCGAUGAACUCAAACAGAAACUCAACAAGUUGCAGAAUUGGGUAGAGUAUCCCGAGGAUCAUCAAUUGUCGGAGAAAAAUAAUCCUGCGGGCGGGUUUUAUGGUCGCAUUCAUGCCCUUGGCCUUGAUGCUGGACCUCGGCGAUCCAUCUUUUGGAGGAAUGGGGAUCCUUGGAGCUGA